AUGGACGAUAACAUUGCGAGCUUCACGAGCAUAACCGGCGCCGACCCCCCGCGCGCCGCCCAAUACCUGCAGCUCACCGACAACAACCUGGAGCAGGCCAUCCAGCUCUUCUUCGACAGCCCCAACCUGGACCUCGGUGCCGCUGCCGGUGCUGGUGCCGCCCAACCCUCGUCGUCUGCUGCUGGCGCGCGUGCCGACCAACCUAUCAACCUCGAUUCCGAUGACGCCGACGACGACGACGACGCCGACGACGCCGACGACGCUGUGGCCACUUCGGGCCACAGUGUGGAGGACGACGAAGCCAUGGCUCGUCGCCUUCAGGAAGAAAUGUAUGGUGCUGGCGGCCGUGAUGCAGACAGUGAGGUGCGCGCCCCGAUGGCCCGGACCACCGAAACUUUGGUUGGACCCGGCGGCGAUUACGACGAGGAUGAUGUACACACUUCUAUGAUGGCUCGAAUGGCUGCCCGACAGAGACAACCAGGCCGUGCUGGCAUUUUCAACCAACAAACCGCCUCGCCCUCCGUCUGGGAGAGCGAGGGCGAUCCUACCGAGCGACGCCGCGAGCUCGCUACCACCACUGGAGGAGCUUCUGAAGCCUCGUCAAAGUCAAGCCUUCUCGCCGAAAUGUACCGUCCUCCCUUCGAGAUCAUGUGCCGCCUGCCUUGGGACGAGGCGCGGGAUCAAGGAAAGGAGGAUUUGAAGUGGAUCCUUGUCAAUGUGCAGGACCCCUCGAUUUUCGACUGCCAAGUUUUGAACCGCGACAUUUGGAAGAACGACCAGAUCAAGGAGACCGUCAAGGAGAAUUUCCUCUUUCUGCAAUACAACAAGGACGACCCGCGUGGCAACACCUACGUAAAUUACUAUUUCCAGGCGCGUGACAGCGGGGAUGCAUAUCCGCACAUUGCCAUCGUGGACCCGCGAACCGGCGAACAAGUGAAGGCGUGGUCAGGUUCACCGGUUCCCAAGCCAAUGGAUUUUCUCAUGCAGCUACACGAGUUUCUUGACCGCUACAGUCUGAAUGCGAAUGCACGGAACCCUGUUGCCAAGCGGAAGCCGGAGAGCAAGAAAAAGGACGUGCACCGGAUGACGGAAGAAGAGAUGCUGGAGAUGGCUCUACAACAGAGCAUGGCUGGAAGCAACGGUGACGGCCUUCGCGACGAUGACCCGGACGAACUUACCAAGUCCGCUCCGGACAUGAAGGGCAAGAACCGCGCCAACGAGUUCAUGGAUGUCGACGAGGCGUCUGCACCAAAUGGCGCCAGCGCUGCCGAUACGCCUUUCGUAGGGAUCUCGUCCACGAACCCCCAUGAGGAGCCUCUAAACGAUCCUAAGACGACUACUCGCAUCCAGUUUCGCCACGCUGGUGGCCGCGAGAUUCGCCGUUUCGCGCUUACGGACCCGGUGCGCCGUAUCUAUGAGUGGCUCAAGGCUUCGCCGCUUGAGGAGGGUAAGGCUGGCGCUGAGUUUGAGCUCAAUGCUCUUGGGAUGAACCUUAUCGAUCACUUGGAUCAGACAAUCGAGCAUGUCGGCCUGAAGAUGGGCACUAUCAUGGUGGAGUACGUAUAG